GAAAAGGAGUAUUUGGAUUGGACAUUUGGAAUAGAUGUGACGGUGCACAAACGUUGCUUCUCUUGAGAUUCAACCAACGCUCUUCAAAAAGCAAACUGACCACCGAGAACAUCUUCACCAGUCUUUUAACAACACAAACUAAAUUCAUAAAUAAAUAGAUAACAGAGAUGAUGGAGACUGGGGAGACUGUGGCUCCUCCAACAGACCUGGAUGCUGGCAUAAAUGAAGACGAGCUGGCAGCCCAGGUGGUGAAGAUCAUCAGUGGGAUCACUCAGGGGCCACGUCGGUCCCUGGAGGAGGCUGUGGACAUCAUGGCUGACGCAGCAGAGGAGGGAGAUGACUCAGUGUUUUAUGAUGAGGAGGAGCAAGCUGUUCGGGACACGAAAAACACCAUGUCUACUGGCUUUGGCUCUGGAGAGGAUAGGAGUCUAGACAAUAGUGGGGCAGCUGAGGUACCUGGCCCAAGAAGUAGAAAUGGAGAAGGACCGGAUCCCUUGGCCGAUGGAGAUGCUUCACAGAUGGAGAGGGGUGUUCGCUCGGGCUCACGAGAAGAGCACCAAGAACCUCAGACACCCAGCACAGAACCCAACAGAGAGCCCGAGCAGCCAUCGUAUCCCUCAGACACAGGAUCGGAGCCUAACAAAGCACUAGAGGGGUCGAGGAGCACCUAUGGAGAAUCUCUUGGAGGAAAAAACACAAUGCUCCAAACAAAUGCAUCUUUGGGAAACGGUGAGAAGGUAGAGGAGGUGGCGCUAUCGCCUCAGGGGCAGACAGAAGCACAGACACCUAAGUUCGAAUCCUCUCAGGCAUCGGAAGAGGCGAGGGAUGUGAAGCUGAACAGAAAGGCGGAGGCCCAGGACCAGAGGUCUGGUGAGGAACUCCAGUUAUCUGGUGAGAGUCAAGAUGAACUGGACCAGGAGUGGCUGCAGGAUCAAAGUAAGGCGUCCCUGCAGGAAUCCGGUCCGGGCUACUCCACGCUGCCUCUGCCAAAAAAGUCAAGUCGCACUGUUGGCCGCAAAACCUCCUUCAACCACCACACGUCUUCCAAAUAUAACACCGUUUCCUACCGCAAGAUUAGCAGAGGCAACACCCGUCAGAAGAUAGAGGAGUUUGAGACCAUGCUAAUGAAUCUAUAA